AUGUGUGGUGGUUCAUUCGAAACUCCGUGUCCACCAAAACCACAAAUGAUUGGACUUGGAAAUCUGAAUCUGAUGAAUCAAUCCAUAUUAGAAGCUUGUUCUGGAGUUGAAGCCGAGGAUGGUGGACCAUUUGGUGCAAUUGUUGUUAGAACUGAUGGAAAUCAAGUUGUUGCAAAAGGACAUAAUAUGGUUUUGCGAACUAAUGAUCCAACAGCUCAUGCCGAAGUUACGGCAAUUCGAAAUGCUGCGGCUAUUUUGGGAAAAUUCGAUUUGUCUGGUUAUUCAUUGUAUACUUCGUGUUAUCCUUGUCCAAUGUGUAUGGGAGCUUGUUUGUGGGCGAGAUUUGAUCAUAUUUAUUAUGCUGCCAGUGCCGAACAGGUAAGGAAUCAUGAAAAAAUUUUCCCCGGAACUUUGAAACGAUACUACUCAAUUACGAUAGCCAAAAAAUUUAAGGAAAAAAAUUUAAUUUAAAUUUAUUGUUAAUAUCGCCAAUCUUAGAUCAAAUCAAAUUCUCCGUAACUUCCAUUUUAGCACAAUAAAACCCUACGCAUUUCUCUUCAAAAUGUAUGUCCUCCCCAUUCUAGAAUAUUGUAGCGAAGUUUACGACCCCUUCCUAACUAAAAAUCUAUCAAAUAACCUAGAAAAUCCAUUACGUCAAUUCACCCGUUAAGUCUUCAAUCGUUGUAAUAUGCCAUUUGAAUCUUAUGAGGAUCGCCUCAAACAGAUCAACAUGGUUUCAACCCAUACUCGUAGAUCCAGAGCCAAUAUUAUUCAUCUUUUCAAAGCCCUUAAUGGAUUUUCUCACCAGCCAGAAACAUUUGACUUCAUCAGCUUCUCAACACUUCCACGUCACCCAGCCCGCCUAGUUUUAACUCAAAAAUGCCACAAGUCUUUUUGCUCACAUACAGUUCCCAAGUGGAACUCUUUAUCGCACCUCAUUGAAAUGAAUUCUUCAGUGCAAUCGUUCAGAAUAUUGAUUAAUGGUUUGAACGCAUCGCUUUUAUCAUGAACCCUUACGGCCAGAUUCUCGCACACUCUUUCUUAUCUCUUUGUCAAAACCUCCAAAUGACCAGGUCUCUUGCGGGAUUUAGGUCUUUUAAAAAUUUGGGAAGUUAUUUUAUUCACCCUAUUUAUUUUUCGGUUUCAUGUGAAUUACCCCUUUUUUCUCUCUCCCUUUGAUCUCACUAUUUUUAUGUGCCGGUGAAUUUAUAACAUUCUAAAUAAAAAUUCAAUUCAAGGCAUGUUGUUUGUUUCAAGUUUUUAAAAAAAAAAUUCUAUAAAAAUUAACUUUUCAAACGAUACUACAGGUUUACGGCUGUAAAAUUCUCUUUUCUGAUUUUAUCGAUUUUUCAGGCCGCUGCUGCUGGUUUUGACGAUAAAGCAUUCCAUGACUUCUUAAAGGACCCAAAAUCUGAUAAUAUCAGGUAAAUUUAAAACUUGAGACGAGCCUCAGCAUUUGCUCGAAAUUUUUUCCAGAACUUUGGAGCAUCUCGAAGUCGACAGCGUUCUUCUUCCAUUCAAACUCUGGAAUGCGAAACCCAUCAAAACUCCAUAUUAA